AUGAAGCUGUUCUUGAUCGUCAUACUGGCGCUGGUCGCAAUUGGCCAGACCAACGCCGAACUUAAGCGCCUGCAGCUCCAUGCCAGCAAAAACUUCACCAAGACCCAUGGCGGCGUAAGGGCGCAAAAGACCCUGCUGGCGGCCAAGUACUCCUUCCUAGUGGAGGCCACCACCAACUCCUCCUCCGCCACCAAGACCUCCGAGACCUUGCACAACUAUGCGGACAGCGAGUACUACGGCCUGAUAAGUCUGGGAACUCCCGAGCAGAACUUCAACAUCCUGUUCGACACUGGAUCCUCCAAUCUCUGGGUGCCGAGCUCCAAGUGCCCCAAGUCUAACACUGCUUGCCAGAACCACAACCAGUACAACUCGGCCAAGUCCAGCACCUACAAGGAGAAUGGUGAGUCGUUCAGCCUUCAGUAUGGAACGGGAAGCCUGUCCGGGAUCCUCUCCACGGAUACCCUGACCUGGGCGGGCAUUAAGGUCAAGGACCAGACAUUCGGCGAGGCCUUGACUGAGCCUGGUAGCACCUUCGUGCAGGCACACUUCGCUGGCAUCCUGGGCCUCGCCUACAAAUCGAUAUCAGAGGAUAAUGUCCCUACCGUCUUCGACAACCUGAUUGCCCAGGGCAAGCUUGACAAACCCAUCAUCUCGUUCUAUCUCAAGCGUGAUGGAACUGCCGUGCAAGGCGGUGAGGUUAUCCUUGGCGGCGUUGACUCCAGUCUGUAUUCCGGCAACCUCACCUGGGUGCCUGUUUCCAAGAAGGCCUACUGGCAGUUCACUGUGACUCAUAUCAAGAGCGAAGGAGUAGUGCUGUGCUCCGGAUGCCAGGCCAUUGCCGAUACGGGCACCUCCUUAAUCGUGGUCCCUUUGGCGGCCUUCAAGAAGAUCGUUAGUUUGUCGGGGGCCACAACCAACGGCGCAGGCGAGGCCUUUGUCGCCUGUGGGCGCACUGCAUCCUUGCCGAAAAUCAAUUUCCUUAUUGGUGGGACCGUCUUCACCCUGGCCCCCAGGGAUUACGUGGUCAAGUUUUCGGAGAGUGGCACUACCUACUGCAUGCUGGCCUUUACCUACAUGGAGGGGAACGUGCUCUGGAUCCUUGGGGAUGUCUUUAUAGGCAAGUUCUACACGGCAUUUGACAAGGGCCAAAACAGGAUUGGUUUUGCUAGAGUUGCUGACUAUUAA